AUGGCACAUCAAAUCUCCAAAACCCUAUUGUUCUUCUUCCUAUUCGUUUUGCUCCUCUCUGAUACCGUCUCAUCGGUCCGAAUCAACCUGAAAAAACCAUGCAAACAUUUCAUCCUCCAUAUCCAUAACGUUGCCUAUGAUAGCGAUAACGCCGCUAAUGCCACGUCAUCAACAGUCGUAAACCCUUUAGGACUAGGGACCUUCGAUUUCGGAAAGAUUGUUAUAUUUGAUAACCCUGUCACAAUGGACGAGAACUUCCUUUCCGAACCAGUGGCUCGUGCCCAAGGCUUCUUCUUUUACAACAAGAAGUCAACUUACAACACGUGGGUCGCUUGCACAUUGAAUGGAUAUUAA